GACGUAGUGAGUUCCAAGGCCAGCCUGAACUACAUAGACCUUGUCUCAAAAAAUAAAAACGUUCAUUUGGUGGGUGCGUGCCAUCUCCUUUGAAAGUGAAUUGCUUUUUAAGUGCUCCUUAUUUCCUUUGUAUGGAUGUGUAGUAGAGGAGCAUUUCCUUUAAAAUCAAUCAAUGAUAACAUCAGGUUUAAUGGACAUGUGUUUUCAUUUAUACACCAGUAACACUCAUGGCUGUAAUGAUGGGUGAACCACCCUUGGAUUUAUUUUGACAAUAACGGUAAUAUUUACCUUCUCUAUUUAGCUUGCUCAUAGCUAAUUUCCAGAUGAUGGUUUAGAAUAAAAGCACCUUCUGGUUAUAUUUUUUGAUAACGUACUGUUAGAUUGCUUCAGAAACAUUUAUUAUCAGGUUAUCUUGUUCAGAUUUUAAUGUUUGUGUUACUCUGUUUACGUUAACCAUGGCCCGUCGGAGCUGCGGUGGGCCCUCGCCAGGAGCAGGUGUGCAGGAGACAGAUGCAGACGGCCUGGGCCACAGGCGGUGUCUCGGAUGUGGCUCUCCCGCCCUGGCUGUGCCUGCUGUCUCUCCGGGAAGGUUUCUGGGAUAGGUAUAUGCAAACAAAAAAUAAAAGGAGAAGGAACUCAAAGCUGAUGAUGUACUUGGCAGAGAGAUUACUCAACACACAAGGGGGAAAAUAAGCUGGUGGAUAGUUCUCAGGAAUGAUGCUUGUGUGCCACAGUGUAAUGAACAUUUCCUGUGUGGAAAGCAGCCGGUCACAUGAUGUCCGUGUAUCCCUGUACAGUUUAAUGGUGAUCAUAAUCCUGACCACUCUGGUGGGCAAUCUGAUAGUUAUCAUUUCCAUAUCACACUUCAAGCAACUGCACACCCCCACUAACUGGCUCAUUCAUUCCAUGGCUCUUGUGGACUUCCUCCUGGGAUGCCUGGUCAUGCCUUACAGCAUGGUGAGAUCUGUGGAGCACUGUUGGUAUUUUGGAGAAAUCUUCUGCAAAAUUCACACCAGCACUGAUAUUAUGCUGAGCUCAGCAUCCAUUUUCCACUUGUCCUUCAUUUCCAUUGACCGUUACUAUGCUGUGUGUGACCCACUGAGAUACAAAGCCAGGAUGAACAUCUGGGUUACUUUUGUGAUGAUCUUCAUUAGUUGGAGUGUCCCUGCUCUUCUUGCAUUUGGAAUGAUUUUUAUGGAGCUAAACCUCAAAGGAGCUGAGGAGAUGUAUUGCAAACACAUUUACUGCAAAGGGGGCUGCGCUGUGUUCUUUAGCAAAAUAACAGGUGUACUGGCCUUUAUGAUUUCUUUCUAUAUACCUGGAUCUAUUAUGUUGUGUGUCUAUUGCAGAAUAUAUUUCAUAGCUAAAGGCCAGGCAAGAUCAAUCAAAGGAACAAGUCAGAAACUUCAAACUGGAUUGGAAAAGAGAAAUGGAAUUUCGCAAAGCAAAGAAAGGAAAGCUGCAACAACGUUAGGGAUUGUGCUGGGGGUUUUCCUAAUAUGCUGGUGCCCUUUCUUUGUCUGCACCAUCAUGGACCCUUUCCUGAACUACGCUAUUCCACUUUCUUUGAAUGAAGCACUGAUUUGGUUUGGCUACUUGAACUCUACUUUUAAUCCAAUGGUUUAUGCAUUUUUCUAUCCCUGGUUCAGAAGAGCACUGAAGAUCAUUUUAUUUGGUAAAAUUUUCCAAAAAGAUUCAUCCAGAUGUAAAGUAUUUUUAGACUCAAAUCCAUGAAAUUAUUGUAUUUUACUGGUGUGCAAAACAUUUGAUGAUCCUAUUUAUGAACACAGCAUAACAAACCACAUGCGCCAAACACAUCAGUCUUACAUCAGCUACUGAGUCAAAGUACCUAGGGGGAACUAAAUUGUGAUGCUGGUCUCUCAUCUCCUGUUGGGACAAGGUAGAUGUGAUCUUUCCCAUUCUUCAUGUCCACACUGCAGCUUUGCAAAUUCAUCAUUUAAGGUCCUACAUGUUAAAGAACAUUUUCUGUUUUUGGAUGGAGUGCUAUGAACUGACUUAUGUGUUCAAUGAGGCUGUAUUUGGGUAUGUAAAUUAGAAUGAAUUUGUUACGUAUGUAUUUAUGAUUAUCACAUCUGUAUAGUUGUCCCUCUAUAUGUAUAGGUUCUGCUUCUGUGGAUUCAGCAAUCUCAGAUAAAAAAUUGUAAAUUAAAAUUUGCAUUUGUACGGAACUUGUACAGUAAAGACCUUUUUCCCAUGUCACCAUUCUCUAAACAAUUCAAUAUAAUAACUACUUACACAUGAUAUUGGGUGUUACAUGUACUCUAGGGCCAGGGAUUUAGAUCAGUGGCACAGUGCCUGCCUUGAAAUUGCAAAGUCCCGAGUUCAAUCCCCAGUACCAAAACAAAACGAAACAAAACAAAACAAAACAAAACCAUGUAAUCUAGAGAUGACUUAAAGUAUAUGAGAGCAUGAGCACAGGUACUAUGCAGAUACUGUGCCAUGUUAUAUAAGGGACUUCGGCAUGGAUGGACCUGGGUGUUUGUUGGGGAUCCUGAACCAAUCCCCCUAAGAUCCUGAAGGGCAACUGUAUGUUUACCUGUUCACAAAGUCAACUAAAAGUACACAUUAGUAUUACUAAUUAUGUAGACAUUUGUUAUUUAUAUUCUUAUAAAUACAUAUUCCAAUCCUUAAACAUCUUGCUCUUCAUCUCUAUAAAAUAGGGGAUUUUUUCUGGUUCUCAUGCUUGUAAAUAAUUUUGAAAAUACAACAUAUCGCAAAAAUAAGGUAUAUAACAGAAAAUAUAAAUAAAAAUAACACUCAAUUCACUUCUUGGAAAGAAGUAAAUCAUUUAAAAUUCUUUAAAAUAUUAUUAUUUUUGGCGGUAUAAGUAUCCUGUUACUUUGUAUGAAUAAACAAAAAUCUUCCUAA